AUGUCUUCCACACGUCCAGAUAUUGAUGUCCAUCCAAAGGGCCUUUCCCCAGAUGACCUGAAGAUUAAGGAAUUCGAUGUGGUCAUCAUUGGUGGCGGUCCUUCUGGUGAGACUGCAGCUAUGUACAGUGUCAAAGGGGGCCUCACGGCGCUCUUGAUUGAAUCAGAGCUGGUGGGAGGUGAAUGUCCUUACUGGGCCUGUGUCCCUUCUAAAGCAAUGCUUCGUCCUAAUGAAACGAUUGAAACCGCCAAAGGAGUAGGAGGCGCCAAGGAGAGACUGGCGUUGUUAGCCGCAAAAUACAGUGCAACGCCCGAGAUUGAUGUUGAAGGGACGUGGUCUGCAAGAGAUCGCUUUACCAAAGGCUGGAAGGAUGAUGCCAAUGUUGAGCUUAUGCGGACUUCUGGAGUGGAAGUAGUACGUGGAUUCGGCAGUAUUGCUGGAGAGAAGCGCGUGUCGAUCAAAGAGUGGCAUAGUGGAUCAACUGUUGAGGUCACUGCGCGACAAGCAGUGAUCGUUGCCUCUGGCUCAGCACCCAGCAUCCCGGUAAUCGAAGGCCUACAAAAGGCAGGAUACUGGACGCCUCGUGAGGCAGUUUCAUCGAAUGAAGUCCCCAAGCAUUUGAUAAUUAUUGGAGGCGGUGUGGUCGGAUGCGAGAUGGCUUUCGCAUAUCGAUCCCUGGGUUCGCAAGUGACGAUCAUCGGCGGGAGUGACAGACUUUUGCCUAGGAUAGUGCCUGAAGCCUCGUCGAUGAUUAGUCUCAGCAUGAAAAACUCUGGGAUUAAAGUCUUGCUUUCGACUACAGCGAAGGAAGUAACCCGCGAAGGAUCUACCGUCAAAGUCGAUCUCGUUGAUGGCACAAGACUUCAUGGUGCUGAAAUUCUUAUUGCUGCAGGUCGCCGAGCAAGGACUACUGGUAUGGAAUUGGAUAAAGUCGGUGCGCCGACAAACGGCGCCGCCAUCACUGUUGACGAAUCGCUGCGUGUGGUGUCAGUCCCAGCGGGCUGGCUAUACGCAAUAGGCGACCCCAAUGGCCUAGCGCCACUCACUCACAUGGGAAAGUACCAGGCAAUAAUCGCCAGCCAGUCGAUAAUCGCGAGUGCAAGGGGAAUUUCGGGUGAUGAUAGUAAAGAAUCAGAUUAUUCCCGCCUGUCGAGGAAACCAAGUGACAACGCCACGCCACAAGUCGUCUUUACCGAUCCACAGAUAGCCUCAGUCGGGAUGACAAUGGAACAAGCCCAAGCUCAGGGUUUGAAAGUCAAAGCGCACAGCGUAAAAAUGCAAGGUCACGGUACUUUCCUCCACGCUGCCGACUAUGACGGAUGGGCCCAAUGGGUCGUUGCAGAGGGGACAGGUCAAAUUUUGGGAGCAAUUUUCGUUGGCCGGGAUGUGGCAGACCUCCUGCAUGCAAGUACAGUUGCUGUCGUGGGGAAACUAUCCUGGAGAACGAUGUUUCACGCAGUACCCAGUUUCCCAACUCUUGGGGAGGUGUACCACAACCUUGUCGAAUCGUGCGCCAAGUGA